AUGAAGUUUUCCGCCUGUAUCGUUGCGGCUUUUGCUGCUAUUGCCGCUGCUUACACUCCCCCUGACACCUCAAAACCCCCCAGCGGGAACCCAAUCAGUCGCCCCGGGUUGCUUGAACUCGUACCCGUCGGCCAGCCAUACACCAUCACCUGGCAACCCUCCACCCCAGGAAAGGUUUCCCUCCUCCUCCUGCGCGGCCCCAGCAACAACGUGAAAUACCUGGCCACCAUUGCCGAUUCCGUCACCAACACCGGCACCUACAUAUGGACUCCCCCCACCUCGCUCGUGGGCGAAGAGUCCGGCUACGGUAUCCAGAUCGUCGUCGAGGGAACUGGCCAGUAUCAAUACUCCACCCAAUUCGGCAUCAAGAACGACAAGUAUGUUCCCGAACCUUCGGACAAAUAUCCUACCGCUGAGCCAACCGACAAGUACCCAACUGCUAAACCUACCGACAAGUAUCCAACUGCUAAGCCAUCUGACUACCCAACUGGCGGCAGCAGCAGCAGCAGCAGUAGCAGCAGCUACACCUUGGUCCCCAUCUCCACCGCCACCAUCACCGUCUGCGCAAGCACCGUCUCCGCCUGUCCACCAACCAAGACCCCUGUUACCCCCAGCGGAACUGGUCCUGCCACCGUCCAGCCAACCGUUCAGCCAACUUACAGCGCUAGCCCCAAGCCAACAACUCCCCCUCCAUUUGAUGGUGCUGCUGGCCGCAACGGCGUCGCCAUUGGCGGCCUCGUUGCUGCUGCGGUUGUCAUGUUCGCCUUACUAGCCGGUCGAGCUUCUCGCGCGAAUGUUCAAGCAAACUGUCAAAAGCUGACCUCUACGGAAGAAGAUUCUCUAGUUCAAUGGAUAAUCUCCAUGGAUGAGAGAGGUCAGCCUUCCCGAGUCGAAAUCGUACGAAACAUGGCGGAUUUACUACUUUCUACCCGAGUUGAAUCUGCUGUGGGAGAAAAAUGGGUUCGAAGAUUCAUUACACGUCAUAUAAGGAACUAA